AAUUUUGGGGGAUUGCACUUUUUGAUGCUGUUAUUGUCUCCGUCCCGUCCCGUUCCUAUUUCUCGUUUCCUCGACCGCCUCGAGUUGUUCUCGGAUAGAAAGAAAGAGGGAGGGAGAGAUUAAAACGAAACCUAGAAAGGAGAUUUUCUCUCUCUUUUUUAAAAUUUUUUCCCGGAAAUUCCUCUCCGUUUAAAAAGUUUAUUGGAUUCUUUAUAGUUCGAUCUCAGUUAGGGUUUCGAUUCUCGGACUGGCUGUUAUUGUUGAAUUUUGAAGCGAUUGAUCAAGAAUGUUGAUUGCGGAUGGGAAUUGACGUGAAUUCUAGCUCCGAUCUCGAAGGUAGGGCUCGAAUUUAAUUGUGAAGCAAUGGAUGUGGACUCUUCGAUGGUGCCGGAGAACGAUCACGAUCCGACGACGCAAAGCCAUGGUACGGCGGAUGAGGAGGCUUCUCCUCUGGCCACCUCUUCAAUGGAGAGGGAGCAGCUAGGAGAGCAGGCUUCGCCGUCUCAAAGUAGAUCUCCAGCAACACCGCCACCAGUGCAGCAACAGCAGCAACAGGCCGCCCCACAGCAGACCUCGGUGGCAGGGCCGAGAUGUGCGCCUGCGUACUCGGUAGUGAAUGCAAUUUUAGAGAAGAAGGAAGAUGGACCAGGUCCUAGGUGCGGGCAUACAUUAACAGCCGUGGCCGCCGUUGGGGAGGAAGGCACCCCUGGCUACAUUGGGUCGAGGCUAAUUCUUUUUGGUGGCGCCACUGCACUAGAGGGCAAUUCUGCGGCAUCAGGGACUCCUUCAUCUGCGGGGAGUGCUGGCAUCCGACUAGCAGGUGCCACCGCUGAUGUGCACUGUUAUGAUGUGUUGACUAAUAAGUGGUCCAGGAUCACUCCAUUUGGAGAACCACCCACGCCUAGGGCUGCUCAUGUGGCAACUGCUGUGGGGACUAUGGUAGUUAUUCAGGGUGGAAUCGGUCCUGCUGGUUUGUCUGCUGAGGAUCUUCAUGUUCUUGACCUUACACAGCAACGACCCCGAUGGCAUAGAGUUGUUGUUCAAGGCCCUGGACCAGGACCCCGCUAUGGACAUGUGAUGGCUUUGGUGGGGCAAAGGUAUCUUAUGGCUAUUGGUGGAAAUGAUGGAAAGCGGCCUUUGGCUGAUGUAUGGGCCCUGGACACGGCUGCCAAGCCAUAUGAAUGGCGGAAGUUGGAACCAGAAGGGGAAGGUCCACCUCCGUGCAUGUAUGCAACAGCAAGUGCUCGUUCAGAUGGUCUUCUUCUGCUUUGUGGAGGCAGGGAUGCAAACAGUGUGCCAUUAGCAAGUGCAUAUGGGCUUGCUAAACAUAGGGAUGGGCGGUGGGAAUGGGCAAUUGCUCCUGGUGUCUCUCCAUCUCCAAGAUAUCAGCAUGCUGCGGUUUUUGUUAAUGCACGGUUGCAUGUGUCUGGAGGGGCACUUGGUGGUGGACGCAUGGUAGAAGACUCAUCAAGUAUUGCAGUACUGGAUACGGCAGCAGGAGUUUGGUGUGACACUAAAUCUGUAGUUACGAGUCCCAGGACCGGAAGAUACAGUGCUGAUACGGCUGGUGGAGAUGCUGCAGUUGAGUUGACAAGGCGUUGCAGGCAUGCGGCUGCUGCCGUGGGUGACUUAAUAUUCAUUUAUGGUGGUUUACGCGGUGGUGUGUUGCUUGAUGAUCUUCUUGUCGCUGAAGAUCUAGCGGCUGCUGAAACAACAACUUCCGCUUCACAUGCUGCAGCAGCAGCUGCUUCAUCUAAUUUACAGCCAGGGCGGGCACCUGGAAGAUAUGGAUUCAUGGAUGAACGAACAAGGCAAACAAUGCCUGAAGCAGUACCUGAUGGUGCAGUUGUGCUGGGUAAUCCAGUUGCCCCACCUGUAAAUGGUGACAUGUAUACUGAUAUAAGCACUGAAAAUGCGGUGCUACAGGGAUCACGGAGAACAAGCAAAGGUGUUGAGUAUUUGGUGGAAGCAGCAGCUGCAGAAGCUGAGGCUAUCAGUGCCACAUUGGCUGCUGCGAAGGCACGGCAAGUUAAUGGAGAAGUUGAUCUACCUGACAGGGAUGGCGGGGCAGAUGCCACCCCUAGUGGGACACAUAUGUCAACCUUGAUAAAGGUGCCUGAUUCGGCCGGUUCAAAUAAUGUUGCACCAGCUGGAGUUCGGCUGCAUCACAGAGCUGUUGUUGUGGCUGCAGAGACAGGUGGAGCUUUAGGUGGUAUGGUCAGGCAACUUUCAAUCGAUCAAUUUGAAAAUGAAGGGAGGAGGGUUAGCUAUGGAACUCCUGAGAGUGCAACUGCAGCCAGGAAACUUCUAGAUCGACAGAUGUCCAUUAAUAGUGUUCCCAAGAAGGUUAUAGCACAUCUCUUAAAGCCUCGUGGUUGGAAACCUCCAGUUCGUAGGCAAUUCUUUUUAGAUUGCAAUGAAAUAGCAGAUCUUUGUGACAACGCUGAAAGGAUAUUCUCUAGUGAACCAAGUGUUCUGCAGCUUAAAGCUCCGAUCAAAAUAUUUGGUGACUUGCAUGGACAAUUUGGGGAUCUCAUGCGACUUUUUGAUGAGUAUGGUGCACCUUCAACAGCUGGGGACAUUGCAUAUAUCGACUAUCUCUUCUUAGGAGAUUAUGUUGACCGGGGCCAACACAGCCUAGAGACCAUUACUCUUCUGCUUGCUUUGAAGGUUGAGUACCAAAACAACGUACAUUUAAUUCGUGGGAACCAUGAAGCUGCAGAUAUCAAUGCCCUUUUUGGCUUUCGGAUUGAAUGUAUUGAGCGCAUGGGCGAGAGGGAUGGAAUUUGGGUUUGGCACCGGAUAAAUCGUUUGUUCAAUUGGCUCCCUUUGGCAGCUCUAAUUGAGAAGAAAAUCAUUUGCAUGCAUGGUGGUAUUGGUCGGUCGAUAAAUCAUGUAGAACAGAUCGAGAGUCUUCAGCGUCCCAUCACAAUGGAAGCGGGCUCUAUUGUGCUAAUGGAUUUGUUGUGGUCUGAUCCAACGGAAAAUGAUAGUGUGGAAGGAUUGCGACCAAAUGCUCGAGGCCCAGGGUUGGUUACUUUUGGGCCUGAUCGUGUUAUGGAAUUCUGCAACAACAAUGAUCUUCAAUUGAUUGUACGUGCACAUGAAUGUGUGAUGGAUGGAUUUGAGCGUUUUGCUCAGGGACACUUAAUUACUCUUUUCUCAGCCACCAAUUACUGUGGUACUGCAAAUAAUGCUGGGGCAAUCUUAGUUUUAGGGAGAGAUCUUGUUGUUGUUCCUAAACUCAUUCAUCCUUUACCACCUGCAAUUUCAUCACCUGAAACAUCACCUGAACGACACAUUGAAGAUACAUGGAUGCAGGAGCUAAAUGCUAACAGACCACCUACACCAACUAGGGGCCGUCCUCAAGGAACAAACGACAGGGGCUCUCUUGCUUGGAUAUAGUAUAAUCUUCUGACUGUUUGCUAUACUUGCUUUGGACUAGUGAUACCACCUGGGGUUUCUGGUGUGCUGUAUAGAGCAUGAUGCAAUACUGAGCUUGUAACCCUUGUUCAUGGUGAAAGAAUAAGGCUGCUGAAUAUUGUUCUUUGGAUGGGCCUUGCUUGAGGUGAUGAAGAUGCAAGCUCUAGAAAAGGUUGCAUGUGGUUGGUAGGGUGACUUGUGCUAAAACUGCAGUGUACGGGAUCGGCGGCCCUUUGUAUGUUGAGCCGCAGGCAGGUAGAAGUCAGUCAUGGAUGUUUCUUGAGAUGGGUGGUAGUGUUGGGUAUAUUUCACGGUAGUUAUAUAUUUUUGAUUCAUCUUCUUAGGCCAUAUAUUUUUUUUACUCUAGAGAUGACAGAGGUAUGUUUAUGUGCCGUCUAAAUCUUCGUGGGCGUCCAUGUAUAAUAGAGGUGCUGUCGUGUAAUUCCCAUUCCUGUUUCCUGUACAAUGUAAACUAUUGUGUGAAGAUAACUAGAUGAGAAACCAUGCUGUCAGAUGUCAACUUUGUGAAGUUUUGCUAAGAAUGUUUAAUCUCUUUUAGUAAUGAGUCUUUUUUUAAAAGUG